GUUUGAGUGAAGUCUGAAGUUCCUGUCAAAUCGAGGAAAAUUUAUUUUUAAAAAUAUUAAAAAUGACAACGUGUCUGUAGCACUAAGCUGCAAAACAUUUAAUUAAUAACAUAAAACUAUUUAAAUAUCAAUUAAAAUGAAUCGUAAAGAUAAUUUUAUUAUGAAUCCUGAACCAGUUGCACCAAAAAUUAGUAUAUUAUGUUUAGAUAUAAGCAAAUUUAGCAAGACUUCUCAGUUUUUGCUAUGUUCUUGUGCUGUUUUCCUAUUUUUUCUCUUGUACGGUUAUAUGCAGGAACUCAUAUUUACUAUUGACAAUUUUAAGCAUUAUGGAUGGUUUUUAACGCUAAUUCAAUUUGGGUAUUAUAGUAUAUUUGGUUUUGUUGAAGUCAAAAUAAGAAAAAUUGAAUCAAGAAAGAUACCAAUUAAGAUAUACUUCUUUUUAGCCCUGUUAACACUGGGAACAAUGGGUUUCUCAAAUGCUUCUUUAGGCCAUUUAAAUUACCCAACUCAAGUUAUAUUUAAAUGUUGUAAACUUAUUCCUGUCUUAAUUGGAGGAAUUUUAAUUCAAGGAAAACGAUAUGGACCAUUGGAUUUCAUAGCUGCUCUUUUAAUGUGUAUUGGACUAACUUUGUUUACUUUGGCUGAUUCUCAAGUGCAACCAAAUUUUAACACAACUGGAAUUGUAAUGAUUUCGUUGGCAUUAUUAUGUGACGCAGUAAUUGGCAAUGUUCAGGAAAAAUCUAUGAAAAAUUAUGGGGCCACAAAUGCAGAAGUAGUUUUAUAUUCUUAUGGUCUAGGAUUUUUGUACAUUUUUAUUGUGAUGUUACUCACUGGAGAUUUUACAGAUGGAAUUAAUUUUUUUUCUCAGAAUCCUAAGAAAAUGUAUGGUUAUGUAUUUCUCUUCUCAUUUACCGGAUAUUUGGGAAUACAGGUAGUUCUAACUUUAGUAAGGACAUCAGGAGCCUUUGCAGCUGUAACUGUUACAACUUGUAGAAAGGCUGUGACGAUCACUAUUUCAUUCAUUUUGUUCAGCAAACCCUUCAUAUUUCAGUAUGUUUGGUCUGGAUUGCUAGUCGUGCUAGGCAUUUAUCUGAAUUUAUUAAGUAAAAAACAUCCAUUUACUCUAUCAGACUGUGAACAUAAACUUGAAUCGAUUUAUAGGUAUUUACGAUCUAAAUUUAUUGCAAGUAGUUAUAAAAGUGGACAUUAUUUAACAGAAGUCUGACUGUGAUUAUAUGGCUGUGAUAUUUUAAUUAUAAACUUAAAUAGAAUGUUAAUACAAUUUUGGAUAUUUUGAUGCAG